CCAGGUGGGUGGACCCGGUGUUGUGAUAAUAACUUUGGGUCCUUUUGCUAAUUAUUUUAGCCUCUAUUUUUCACACUUAGUAGGAGGCAAUAAAAGUAUUCAAUUGACACGAUGAAAUAGCAACAAUGCUUUAUUAAAUUAUUAACGCACCCGAACGCACCGAAGCCCCACGUAUAAUUCGAGGAGACGAGGAGCUGAAUCGGUUCAAAAGACGAAGAAGGAAUCUCCGAGUGUGUUUCUUACAUCAUUAGGUCGACAGGAUGGAACCUACUGUGGCAAUCGCUCUGGUCUUCAUUGGCUGCUGCUUCAAUGUGGUUUUCCUUGAACUCUUGGUGAAGGAAGACCCUGGAAGUGGCAAUUUGAUCACCUUCUCUCAAUUUUUGUUCAUUUCCAUCGAAGGAUUCAUAUUCACCUCAAGAUUCGGCACGAAAAAGCCACGGAUUGGACUUUUUGACUAUUUCAUCCUGGUCGUCAUGUUCUUCACAGUCAGCGUGUGCAACAACUACGCCUUCAACUUCAACAUCCCCAUGCCACUGCACAUGAUUUUCAGGGCGGGCUCCCUGAUCGCCAACAUGGUCAUGGGCAUGUUGAUACUCAAAAAGUGUUACACACCAUUGAAGAUCGUGUCCAUUCUGAUGAUCACGGCGGGCAUUAUUGUUUGCACGCUCGAGUCCGGAAAGGAGGUGAAGGCUACCGACCCCAAAGAGGUCAACUCUGACCCUCAAACUGACUACUUUUGGUGGGUCAUCGGCAUCAUUCUCCUGACGGUUGCACUCUUCAUGUCUGCGAGAAUGGGUAUUUACCAAGAGGUUUUGUAUGUAAGGCAUGGCAAACACCCAAAAGAGGCACUUUUCUACACCCAUCUGAUGCCCUUGCCGGGAUUCCUGCUGCUCUACUCUGAUAUUUGGUCACACUGGCUGCGUGCCCUGGACAGUCCCGCACUCGACGUCUUUGGCUUCACCAUGCCCAGCACGAUUGUCUAUCUAAUUGGCAACGUCCUCACGCAGUACCUUUGUAUCAGUUCUGUCUACGUGCUCACCACCGAGUGCUCCUCGCUGACAGUCACCCUUGUCGUGACGCUGCGUAAGUUCCUCAGCCUCCUCUUCUCCAUUGUGUAUUUCCAGAAUGAGUUCACAGUGAGCCACUGGAUCGGCACCAUUCUCGUAUUUUUUGGCACAGCGAUUUUCACAGAACUGCUGCAAAGAACAUCUGCGUUCUUCAGCACUCCUGCCAAAAAGAAGGAUUGAGCAGAAUUUGUGUUUCUGCUACAUUGAUGUCUUUCAGACUGAUUUAAAAGUUGAUUGUCAUUACGAAAGCUUCAAAUUUUUUAUAAAAUUUGACCUGUAUGAUUAUGUUUGUUCCUUUGAAUUAUCUAUAUAUUUUUUCAAGGCAUUAAUGUCUGGUCAAACCUCUUAAUUUUCAGAGAAAUUUCAAUCAAAGAUAAAAAGAGGAAAAAUCUUUUUUAAGAACUGCUUAAAGUGAAUUGCAGCUAAACUAAAAUCAUUGUUAAUUUUUUCUUAAGCACAUGAAAAUGCUACUAUAUUGAAAGAUAUUUUGAAAUUUUUUCUUUGAUACUCAAAGAAAAAAACUGAAGCUGAGUGAUGCAUUUUAAAAACUUCAAUUUCAAAAAACCUUGCCUCGUUACUCAUAACAAUCAUAGCUCACCAAAAAUACUGUUAGGAAAAAAAUGGUGAUUAUUAAAAAAUUAAAUUAUGCAUUUGAUAUCUUGUUGAAAACACCUUGUAUCAAUAGCCAACUAGUUAAACUCUCAAAAUUUAAGUCUUUGCCAUCCUUAAAUUUGCUUUUGAAAGUAUUUUGUUAUGAUUUCUUUAAGAAACACUCCGUGUUAUUUAAUUUUCCUUAUGGAAAGCCGUUCAGCAAUUUAUUCCUUCCACCUUAUUAACUCUUCACCAAAGAUACAAAAAAAAUGUGUAAAAAUAUUCUAAAUUAUUUUUAACCAAUCUAUCGUUUGUGGUUGUCAAUUAGCUUGACAAGCGUCGAGCUUAAUUUUAAAGAUUAGUAAGUGCUGGAGCUUUGUUGUUUAAGCGCUUUGUGAUGCCAAGUUUAUAAGCGCUCUUCUGUUGUGUACGAUGUUCUAAUCAUUGCAAUGGGAUUAUUUGAAUCAACCUCUCUGUUUUCCAAAUAAAUAAAAUCACAAUUUAUGUUGAUGAUAAAUUUUUUA